AUGGGCCAAGCACAGAGUACCCCCCUCUCCCUCCUUCUCGCUAAUUUCGGGGAUGUAAAGUCCCGAGGACACAACUUCAGUCUGGAUAUCCGGAGAAGAAAACUAAUUACCUUCUGCCGCUCUGAAUGGCCAACUUUCGGGGUUGGCUGGCCCACCGAGGGUACCUUUUGUCUUCCUAUAAUCCUAAAAGUUAAAUCUAGAGUUUUCUUGCCAGGAAAAGAAGGCCAUCCGGACCAGAUCCCCUACAUCCUGGUAUGGCAGGACCUGGUAGAAAACCCUCCUCCCUGGAUGACCCCCUUUUUGUCAUCAGGGUCAUAUAAGAUUCUUGCGGCCCGACCAACUAAACCUCCCAAGCCUCAGACCCGAACUGCACCCAUACUCUCUGACAGCCAAGACCUCCUCCUAGACCCCCCCCCAUAUCAAUCUCCUCCUGUGGCCCCACAACCAGUCCCCCUUCCUGCUCCUGGCUCUGCUCCUCUCCCCUUGGUAGAACCUCCUGCGGCCCCUCCCGGAGGGCCACCCAGGCCAGAACCGGAGGACCGAGAGGCAGAGGCACUACCGGUCCCCCUGCCCAAUGAAAAUAAUUCCCAGGGGCCGGCUGGGCGCACUCGCGGACGCACUCAGCGCGACCCAGGGUUCCGCCAUCCUGAUUCCACCAUAGCCCUACCCCUGCGAGAAAUAGGCCCUCCCGAUGAGACAGGGAACCCCCGACUCCAGUAUUGGCCAUUCUCUACCAGUGACCUAUAUAAUUGGAAAACCCAGAAUGCCCGUUUUUCUGAUAAUCCUAAAGACUUGAUAGCUCUUCUAGAUAGCGUUAUGUUCACUCAUCAGCCCACCUGGGAUGACUGCCAACAGCUCCUCCGGAUCCUAUUCACUACCGAAGAACGGGAGCGAAUCCAGCUGGAGGCGAGAAAACUGGUUCCUGGAGAUAAUGGUCAACCCACCGCUAACCCUGACCUCAUCAAUGCAGCUUUUCCCUUAACUCGCCCCCCGCAGGAUGAAUGGGACUAUAACACCGGAGAAGGUAGGGGACGACUGCUCAUUUAUCGCCAGACUCUAAUGGCGGGUCUCCGGGCUGCCGCGCGCAAGCCCACUAAUUUGGCCAAGGUAUAUUCAAUUGUACAAGGUAAAACAGAAAGUCCCUCCUCUUAUUUAGAAAGAUUAAUGGAAGCCUUUAGGCAGUAUACCCCUAUGGAUCCAGAGGCCCCCGAAAAUCAGGCCGCCAUUGUAAUGUCCUUCGUUAACCAGGCAGCCCCUGAUAUUAAAAAGAAACUCCAGAAGUUAGAAGAUCUGGAGGGCAAACAGAUACAGGACUUACUCCGUAUCGCCCAGCGCGUCUUUAAUAACCGGGACGCCCCAGAGGAUAAACAACUUAAAGCCACUGAGAAAAUGACUAAAGUCUUGGCCGCCAUUGUUCAGAAAGAUCAAGAGGGCCCCCCAGCCACUCGGCCUCCCAGGCGACCAUUGGACAGAGAUCAAUGUGCCUAUUGCAAGGAAAAGGGCCACUGGGCUCGGGAAUGCCCCAAGAAAAGGCAGCCGCGCCCCAACCAGGGGCAAUGGCAACCGAACGCCACCCCAGUCCUGUUUACACAUGAUACAAAGUAGGGGGGACGGGGUUCGGACCCCCUCCCCGAACCCAGGGUAACCCUACGAGUGGAGGGGAAACCAGUCCAAUUCCUGGUGGA